CCUCCUCCAGCGCGAAUAAACGCCUCCGGACUGAAAGAAAUGCACAGUCUUUGAGAUUCUCAGCGGUGAACAGAUUCAGCACUCCUGUUCCAAACGAGAUAAAGAUGCCCUGCUCACUGACACAGUGACUUCAAGAAAAGCCUACAACAUUCCCACUGAAUCCCUCAUCCACGAUGAACACUUCCGAGGCCACCCUGUCACUUUGGGCCAUCAGUGCCAACUCCAGCCCCGUCUUGGAUCUCCUCAACGCCACCGAGACCCCGUCCCACGCCAAGCCUAAAGCAUGCGAGCAGCUCAACAUCGCCACAGAGGUGUUCCUCAUCCUUGGCAUCAUCAGUCUCCUCGAGAACAUCCUGGUCAUCUGCGCCAUAGUGAAAAACAAAAACCUCCACUCGCCCAUGUACUUCUUCGUCUGCAGCCUGGCCGUGGCCGACAUGCUGGUGAGCGUCUCCAACGCUUGGGAGACCAUCGUCAUCUACUUACUCACCAACCGCCAGCUGGUGGUGGAGGACCAUUUCAUCAGACAGAUGGACAACGUUUUUGACUCUAUGAUCUGCAUCUCUGUGGUGGCAUCCAUGUGUAGUCUUCUAGCCAUAGCCGUUGAUCGCUACGUCACCAUUUUUUACGCUUUACGAUAUCACAACAUCAUGACGGUGCGGCGGGCUGCGCUCAUCAUCGGUGGAAUCUGGACCUUCUGCACCAGCUGUGGAAUAGUCUUCAUUAUCUAUUCUGACAACACGUCUGUCAUUGUGUGCUUGGUCUCCAUGUUCUUCAUCAUGCUUGCGCUCAUGGCCUCCCUCUACAGCCACAUGUUCAUGCUGGCGCGAUCUCACGUCAAACGCAUCGCCGCCCUGCCGGGCUACAACUCCAUCCACCAGAGAGCCAGCAUGAAGGCGGCUGUCACCCUGACCAUCCUUCUGGGCAUCUUCAUCGUCUGCUGGGCUCCGUUCUUUCUCCACCUCAUCCUCAUGAUCUCCUGUCCCAGAAACCUCUACUGCAUGUGCUUCAUGUCGCACUUCAACAUGUACCUCAUCCUCAUCAUGUGUAACUCAGUCAUCGACCCUCUCAUUUACGCCUUCAGGAGUCAGGAGAUGCGGAAAACGCUGAAGGAAAUCAUCUGCUGCUACAGCCUGAGGAACGUCUUUGGAAUGUCCAGGUAGUUUCAAACCCCGAAAAACGAGAGAUGGAUUAUCAUAUCACAAGAAUUAAAAAAGUUUGAGAGGAAUGUCUCAACCCUUGAUUUUGAAAGCAUGAUUUUUGUGAUGAUAUCAAGCAAACGCUCUCAAACUUGCAGAACGCUGGGCCGUCAAUCAAAAGCUCUUCAAUGCACAAGGAUGCCUAAUGAGAUAACUGUUGAUAAUAAAUGUAAAUAUUGUUGCAGAAUUAAGGAGGUCUUAUAAGUAUGGAAAAUAAAAUCCUCAACAGACAAUGUGAUUUAAUAUCACAAUCUCCAGACACACGCAGGAGCCUUCAAUCAAAGCCUGUGGGAAAAACAAGUGCAAUCAUUUGUCAGAAUAAUCAUGCAAAACACAGCCUGAUGUAAAGCUGUGUAGGUAAGAUGACACUGUAUUAUAGCAUGCAACUCACAUUGCUGUUCUCUGUGGUUGCCAAAGAAAGUGAGAAAGUAUGAGCUACCGAAUCAGAUGAAAUUCAAUACCAGCAGUUAAUAUACAAUAUAUACACAAAUCACAAGACAGAACAUAUGAAGUACACUUAAAGAAAAGAAUCUUAAGAUUUGAAGGCCUAUCAUAUCACUAACAAUUUUCUAACAGUCUGUGAAGGCAUCAGGAGUUUUGUAAUAGUGCCUGUAUAAUAAUGUGUGUAUUUAUGUAGCUGCAAAAACAAACUAGACAUAUAUUGAUAUUAAAAAAAGCCUUAUUAUUCUGUGCAACCACAAAAAUAAAAAGCUAAACAAAACAACGUUAGUAUUUCUGACAUUCUGAAGCACUUAUGGAUAUGCUGACAAUUUACAUAUUAUUAUCCUAAGCACGAAUAUGUACUUGAAGUUGGGGGUCUGCAGUUAUUCUCAUUCUGUGUAUUUGCCACUGACCCUUCAAAUGUAAUGACAUUCAUUUCUUUGGCUUUAAAAAAUAAAAACUUUUUCAUAGAUGUCUGUUUGCUGUAAAGUUUGAGGGUGAGAAUCAGUGUCCCUGGUGUUUGUCAUUAUGCUGCUUACUGUCUACAGCUACUGAAUAAGUACAUCUGUAAAGAUGGAGGUAAAAGCAAAUGUUUUGUUGUUUGUCACUGUUUCUGCAUUCAGUCAGUAACUCAGUGACCUUUCAAGAUAAAGUCUAAUAACCACAGAUAAAACGAGGACUAAAUUACACACAGGACUCCAUCUAUUAAUCCAUGUGUAAUUCUUAUAAACCAUGUUCAGAUAGACUACAUGCACCUGUUUUUUUUUUACCUGGUUGACCAAAUGCAAUUAUAUUGCUAUAUUCAGGAGACUUGGGCUAGUUGUCACACUCAGUGCUGCAGUGAAUAUUUCCCUGGGGGGCAUUUUUAAUAUUAAAUUCCUACACUCGCAGAGAAAAAGGUACAAAAGCUGUCACUAGGGUGGUAUAAAGAUGCUCCCUUUAAGCAUAAACAAGGUACCAAGGUGAACAUUUUGAAAAGGGUACUACUGUGUGUCAGUGAAAGCUUUUGUAGCUUUUUUAUUUUGUGUAUUAAGAAACUGCAGGAAUGUCAUUUACUGUAUGAAUGUUUUGAACUGGAUUUUAUAGAGAUUUGCAGAAAACAGUCUAUAAAAGGCUUUUGACUCAGAACAAUAAGUUAAUAAGAUAUGUGAUAGCUAGCCCUGUCUUAUCCAACAGCCUACAAAAGGUACAUUCGAUUUCAUAUGCGAGGCUGUCCUUGCUAUGUACAUUCUAUGAAAUGUUUUAUAUAGAAGUUACAGUUUGUUUCCUGUAGUAGAUGAUCCUUGUCACUUCUGUUGAAGUCAGAAUUUAAAGGUGUAAGUAUUUAGUCUCUGGUGUUGCUCGGACUGUGUAAAUAUGCUCAGUUUGGCUGUUCGUCAGCUUGAUUUUUUCCCCCUUGACUUUGGUUCAGUCUCUGACUUUGUGAAAUGCCAUCGCUUCUUAAAUGGGCUCAUGAUGGUUAUCAUAGAAUGUGCCUUAACUGUUUUUUUGUGCUGUCAAAACGACCUGCAGUCUGUCUGAUCUGUCCUUGGUUUCUCUGUGGUUCAUUUAUACUGCUCAGGUCUGUUGGCUCUCCAUGAAGAAUCAAUGACAAUCUACCUAAACCCCUCACUGUUUCACUGAAAACCGCUUGAAUCCAAUUCCACAAAAAAAAAAAAAAAAAAAAAAAACUAUUUGCUCGAGUGAUUGCAAAUACAAUUAUCAGACAAAUUACUUUACUAUAAUAUGAAUAACAAAAAAUAAUAAAUA